AAGUAAAAUCAGUCGUGUAGGAUAGCACUGCUGUACUUUGAAACGAUGCGCCCAGAAAUAAGAAUAGAGGAUUUCGAAUGGUGGUGGUUGGCUGGUUGUUGAUACCGUUUGUUUGCCCCUAAGUAUUGUCGCAACUCUCUCUUAGACUCAUUUGGUUUCAAAUCUAGGGCAACAAAGGAAAAAAAGAAGAAGAAGAAGGGGCGAUUAACGGGAAAAAAUAAAAGUGGCGAUUAUGUACUGGUAAACUAUGGUUUGAUACAUCGAGAACGGAAUGCUAGAUAUUGUUAAAUGGCGGGAUAUGCAGUUAUACCGUCAUUUGCUAAGCUACAGCAGCAGACAAGCUAUUAUAGACUGAGCCAACUUAUACCUAGAAAUUCUUGUUUCACAACAGUGGAAAGAAGGUCCUCAUAUAAGAACCGUGGAGUAACAUCUCUUUCUCCGGCAUGGGAAGCAUAUGGGCUAAGUGGUCCUUCCAUUUUGAAGGGACAUUUUCAUGUAAAAGAGAGGUCAGUUAGGUGUUGUUGCCUUGGGAUGAUAAACUCGGAGAUUACACCUUUCAGCGGUGUAUUCAUUGUCGAUCAAGUACUUUUAACGGCCACUAUAAUCCUUGCAUAUAUGGCUGGAGUAGUAGUGCCUUCGAAGAAUGGUUAUUUUACUUUUAGAAAGAAUGUCUCAGAUUGUGAUGUCGUUCCUGACUCUACCUCUUUUGGUAGUACAGCGAAGAGUGAUCGCCAGGUAAAUGUAGAGUAUGCUUGGGAUGCAGUGAAAAAGAAGCUUAUUGGUGCCCUUGAUGCUGCUCAAUAUGAUGGUAAUCUGGAUAGUAGAAUUGCUGAGCGCAAUAAUCAGAAUGCGAAACACCCAUUAAGUUUAUAUGCCCUCGGUGAAGCUCCCAGGUUACGCCUGCUUUUCAUUACCUUGCAACAACUCGAGAAAGAGGUCAAUUGCAUCUCAGGUGGCUGUGGAGAUAUUGGAAGAGAUGAUCGAUUAGCAGAAGUAUCAAGAAUUAUACAAAAAUCCACUCCAGUAAUUUUUGAUACAUGGCUAGAGCAUGAACUCUCUCUGGAAAAUAGGAAGCACAAUAAGAAUGUAUUUCCGACAAUGUACAAAAAGUUGGAAGGAGAUCAAAGUAUUCUACGUAACAUUGAAAAUUCUGGCAAGGAAGAUCUCUAUGCAGAAUUCUUAUUCUUCCUCAGACAUCGCUCCCUCGGAGUUGGUUGCCGCUAUGAUGUAAACUUGUUUGUCCUGUUUGGGGUUGACAUCUUAGAAGAUCUGGUGAUUAAUUUAGCAGAUGGGAUUACAAGUAAUUAUUUGGAACUGAUUUCAGUUGACAGUAAUAUGUCCAAGGAUAUGAAUCGCCUAGGUUUGAUCUUGUGUUCUAUGUCUACUCGAGAACUUCAAAAAUUGCGCAAUGAGGUAGCAUUGAAUAAGUGGAUGCACCAAAAUAUGGACUCAAUAAUAUCAAUGUAUGAGGACCAUUUUGACUUGUCAACAUUUAGUGUCCGUCUUCCUGAGGAUUCAGACAGUAGUGAGGCAAAGAAUCUGCACUGGUGGCAGAAGCUUCCCCUCAAGAAACCUGCCCGUCCAAUAUCCAUGUUGCACUAUGUUGUGAUAAGCCAACUGUCCAUGGCUGUAAAACGAACCGAGGAACUAAGGGCCUUGACAGGAUGGAGAUAUUAUUUCAGCUUAUUUCUUGAGUUCUCUGAUAUUUCAAUGCCGCUGGUUAAAGCAAUUUUUGGGAAAGUCAGCAGUGCUAUUUCAUUUUUGCUGGUUUCCUUAAUUGGGAGGUCCCUAGGACUUAUCUACCGCGGGAUAAGGCAGUCCCUUGGGUGGAGAUGCAGGGCAUGGCUAAGUCUAAUUUUGAAGAUCGUUCAACUCGACAAAGUCAAGUAGCAGCAUUGUCCAACGACCCCGUGGUCCAGAGGAACAAAAUUAUAUAGAGGAAAUGUUAACAUAUUCUGUACUUUAAUUAGGAUAAUAUACUACAUCAAACUGCACACAGAAAGUAAGCGGCGCAUAUAAUAGCCCAUUGAUGACUCAGGAAAGUUUUAUAGUUAAAGAAUUCUGCAUUUGUCCUCAUAGAAUUUCUUCAAGGCUAUCUGAUAAAUUAGGAGUGAGUUCAUAUAAACAGGUGGGAAGGAAGGUUUCAAGUUACAUUGUAAUCUGCAAUUCUGUAAUUCUCUCUGCAGUUUAAAAUGAUAACACUAUAGCUUGAGUUAGUUAAGUCGGUUUUGCAGAACAUUGUG